AUGGAUAACGUCGAUGAAAUGAAGAUUGUCACAGGGGAUGUAGCAGGAGAGGAAAGGAGACAGAAUGGGAUGAGUCAAGUGGAUGGGAUUAAACUUCCUCGGGUGUCGAUUCAGUUUUGUACGCAGUGUAAAUGGAUGUUGAGGGCGGCUUAUUUUGCACAAGAACUCCUCUCAACCUUCGGAACAGAUAUCGGUGAAGUCGCUCUUCAACCUAGUACCGGUGGUACAUUUAUUGUCGAAUUAUUUACAGAUGCGAACGCGAACAAGACUGCUACUAGUAAUGUAGAAAGAGAAGCUGAAAAGAACGUGGAUGAAGUAAAGGAAGUUAAGGUAUUGAAACAUACGCUUUGGGAUCGGAAGAGUGAGGGCGGAUUUCCUGAACAGAAGGUGGGUUUGGAUGCGGAAAGAGAUUGGGGUUUUCGAAGUGGAUUUUGGUCAAAUCUGGGAAUUUAUGACUCGAUAGGUCAGAUCACUGAUUGCAAUACGAAUUUAGAAACGAAAGAAUUGAAAAAGAGACUCAGGAAUAUCAUUGAUCCGUCAAGAGAUUUGGGUCAUGUUGAUGGAAAGAAAUCAACAACAUCAACGGCCACUCCUUCUACCUCCAACCCAGCGCCUACCAACCCACUCCCAUCUUCAGCACAGCAAGAUUCCGCGCCAACAGCGAUCAAAGCAUCUACCUCAAGCCAAGCUAACACCGUAUCUCAACCGCCAGCUGCCAGCCCCGCCACUACUUCCGAGUUGAUUGAAGCGAAGCCAGAAGAGGUAAAGGAGAAGAAGCAAGAAGAAGAGAAAGUAACUUUAAAUGAGAGAGGUAAAAUUGUAAUCACGGGUCUGAAAGGAGAGGGAGGAUUUGGGGUAUGUAGACCGGGAGAUGAGGACUGUGGUGGAUUUUAA